GCUCGCCGGAAUCGCUGCCCAAGCUCUGCUCAACGUCGCCCGCGUCGACGUCCUCAAAACAACCCAAGCGGUCCACCAUGUCGUCAAAACUUCCGUCCGUCCUCAGCGCGACCGAUGAGGAGAUCCAGCUCCUCCUCGCGGCGCAGGCGCACAUUGGCAGCAAGAACUGCGACAAGCAGAUGCUCCCAUACGUCUGGAAGCGAAGAGCUGACGGUAUUCACAUUCUCAACAUCGGCAAGACCUGGGAGAAGCUUGUCUUCGCUGCCCGUAUCAUUGCCGCGAUUGAGAACCCGAAUGACGUUUGUGUCAUUUCCGCGCGCCCCUACGGCCACCGCGCUGUCCUCAAGUACGCCGCCAACACCGGUGCACAGGCCAUCGCAGGCCGCUUCACGCCCGGUAGUUUCACCAACUACAUCACUCGCUCCUUCAAGGAGCCGCGCCUGAUUGUCGUUACGGACCCGCGCGUGGACCACCAAGCAAUCCGCGAGGCGUCAUACGUCAACAUCCCCGUGAUCGCAUUCUGCGACACCGAUGCGCCGCUCAAGUUUGUCGACGUCGCGAUCCCGACAAACAACAAGUCGCGCCAUUCGAUUGGUCUCAUGUGGUGGCUCCUUGCGCGCGAGGUCCUCCGCCUCCGCGGUACAAUCCCCCGCACGACCGAUGGCUGGAACGUCAUGGUCGACAUGUUCUUCUACCGUGACCCCGAGGAGGUCGAGAAGCAACAGCAGGAGGAGGCACAGGCGAAGGCGGCGGCGGCCGCGGGCGAGGCUGCCGAGGCGCCUCUCAACGAGUGGGACGUCACCGCGGCCCCUGCCGCUGGUGGGAUCAACCCUGGAUUGGUUGCCGCCGAGGGUGGUGCUCUUGACUGGUCGGCAGAGCCGGCGGCAGCUGGCCCCACCGACUGGGCAGCAGAGCCCACAGGGGCGUCUGGCUGGGGUGCGGAGCCGACUGGCCCGUCAGGGUGGGACUAA